GUGACUUUCCCCUCCCCCAGGCGGAGGGAGACGCCAUUGCAGGGUUGUUUGUGCCGCCGCCACUGCUGCAGGCUGGGGAGGGAGACCGCCGCGCGGUGAGCGGUGCUGAGGCUCCUGGGGACAGGGACUCUUUUCCCAGAGAGGAUCAUGUCCACUCCGGCCCGGCGGAGGCUCAUGAGGGACUUCAAGAGAUUGCAAGAAGACCCUCCUGUGGGUGUCAGUGGUGCACCAUCUGAGAAUAACAUUAUGCAAUGGAAUGCAGUUAUAUUUGGGCCAGAAGGUACCCCUUUUGAGGAUGGUACUUUUAAACUAAUAAUAGAAUUUUCAGAAGAAUACCCAAAUAAGCCUCCAACUGUUAGAUUUUUAUCAAAAAUGUUUCAUCCGAAUGUUUAUGCGGAUGGUAGCAUAUGUUUAGACAUCCUUCAGAAUCGCUGGAGUCCAACGUAUGAUGUUUCAUCUAUUUUAACUUCAAUUCAGUCUCUGCUUGAUGAACCUAAUCCAAACAGUCCUGCAAACAGUCAGGCAGCACAACUUUAUCAGGAAAACAAACGUGAAUAUGAGAAAAGAGUUUCAGCUAUUGUUGAGCAAAGCUGGAACGAUUCAUAAUAGAUGACUACUUUGUUAAUCUUCCUCUUCAUAAUCAUUGUGUACAAUUUAACACUCAGUAGAAAGGCUACCAGAAAUUUUAAGUGCCACAAGUUCUAAGGAUUUGCAUACAAACAUGUUUGCAAAAAAAUUAAGCCCUUCAGUUUAGAAACUUUAAAAGCUUGUGUAUCUUGAUUAAUGUACUUUUUAUUGCAUGGUAUGAACUAAGUUAUUGCUACAUAAAUUUGUAAUAUAUCCUGUUUGUAUUUUUUUUCCAAGUGUAUAAUGUUGAUGUGGAGUUUUCAUGAAAGAAUAUACACAUUUUGUAAAUCUGUACUUUUUCAAAUAUUGAAUGCCUUAUUUUUGAAUUCUUUAGAUUUUUAAAUUGGAGAAAAGCACUUAAAGUUUUUAUAUAUAAAUAUUACAUGUAAAACUGUUAAAUACAUAACCUCAGUGCAAGACAUUCUUUUGUUAAUUUCUUUUGUAUCUCUUUCAAAGGGCUUAGUUUUAGUGUUGAAUCUUUUUCUCUUGAUAAAUGCUAAUAUUAUGCACUUUACAAAUAUGAGGAAAACUUUGCUGUGAUGUGUAACUCAUUAAUAGACUUCAGUGGAGAUAUGUCUACCUACACUGGAGCUUAAUUUGGUCCUGUAAGUCUUCUUGCUCAUAUGUGGUAGGGAAGUAUCUGCCCUAUUUUACAGAUGGGGAAACUGAGGCACAGAUAAGUGACUCGUCUAAAGUCACACUGCAAGUCAGAGGCACAGCUGCAACCAGAACCCAUAUCAUCUGACUCUGUCCUGCGUUUUGGCCUGUAGGCCAUCCUUUUUCUCACUAAUACAAGCUUUAUUAGUAUCACUGUUGCAUACAUGUAUAAGGUGCUUAAUAGCUUGUCACAUGCAGGGAAAGUAUUAAUGACUUAACAAGUCUUUCACAUCUUAUAUUAACACAUGAAAUAGGUUUACUAUAACUUGAUCUCUGAUCAUCCAGAAUUGCGUAAUUCCUAAACAAGAGGUCUUGUGUAUUACUGUACAAGUUGAUACAUAAUAGGAUAUUAUUAUUAUUUACUCUUCCUUAAAUUGUGAGUAUGGGAUUUUCUGAAUUUUAUCUAACUGAAAAGCAUUACCUAAAUCUAUCAUGUAUCACAUACUGUUACUGAGAUGUAUUUUUGAUGUUUAUUUUCUAAUUGUAGCCAAACAGUUGGCUCUCUUACCCAUUCCACCUAGAAAACAAACUCCUGCAAGACACAAUGUUUUCAGAGAACUGCAUUUUAAAUGUGACUGUAAAAGUGAUAUCGUCUAGUUCCGUGGCUAUUUCUCAGAGACUCGAGAUCAAAUUUGUUUAGUUUACAAUUAAAGUCAGGUGGGGUUUUUCUAACUGCCACUUUAACUUCUCCAUGCAAUCGGAAAGUUAGGUUGGGUCCUUGUAAUAUCACGUCAUCUGUAAUGAAGAUUGUACAGGCUCUAUUUUGUCCCCAGCGAUACACAUGCAAUCUCUUAGACUUCAGAUUGCAUCCUCCAUUACCUGUGUACAACCAUGCAAUCUCUACGGGGGUUGUACAAGUAUAAGGCAUGACAGAAACUGCAUUUCUAUCUUAGUUAACAGUUUUGCUGAGGAUGUACAAGCCAGCACAAACUUAUUUUUAUCAUUAAACUUAAGGACGUGUCUACACAGGGAAGUAAGUGCAAAGUAAUCUAGGGUGAGAAUUUAGACCACACUAGCUCUAGGCUACCAGCUACCUGUGUGGACACUUAUUGUGCAUUGAAUGCCUACAGGUAAUUUAGCUUAAUCAACUUCCAAAGUGCAGUAAGCUACUGUGCACAAAGACAUUUUUAGUGUGCAGUAAGUGUGUCUACUGGGUCAGUUAGUGCAGAAUAGUUAGUGUGCACCAGCUGCUAUGGCCUAUUUUUUUUUCCCAUGUAGACAAGUCCUUGGCAUACAUUGAAAAUACACAGGAUACCAACGCAACAAAGGUGCUGAUAUUAGUCACUUUGCCAAACUGCAUUUUAAGGACUAAUUUUAGGAUGAUGUGCAAAUGAGUAAUAAAAAGAGAGCAAGGUAAAUAUAUGCCAGUGUAUUGUUCAAUACUCCCCUUGAAAAAAACAGACGUUUAAUUUGGCUCCAGUUUUUGAAACUAAAAGACUCUUUGAAAUGCUGGCAGGUAAAAGCAAGUUCUGCCUUUAUUGAUACACUGAUGCAGUAAACAGUUGUAUUAUAAUUUUUCAUGAACUAUUUACCGACUUUUGCAUGUAUUGAUAUUCGAUUUCAAAACUGGAAUUGAAACAGUAUAUGCCCAACAGAGAAACACCAUCCAAUUGAAUAUAGGACCUCACUUUGCUCAGCCAAUUACGGUACAUAAUGAAAAUAACUUUGUAUUGGUCAUCCUUAACAUUAUGUGCCUCUUCCUUCCUCCAACCAUAGAUGGAAUGUAUUCAUCUAGAAUGUUAAUGAAGUCCUCCUCAUUGUCCUUUAAAUUCUCUUCUGUGAUGCGUAUAAAAAAAAUUUGCAAUGGUUAGGCAGCUGGUUGACUUUGACUGCUGCUGCUUAUACUGACCUGUGUUGUCUCACUGUUACCUUGAACUUCCCUCUCUACUGCAUCUGCCCACGGUCUCUCAUCUUGUGCUUAAGAUGUAAGCUCUUCAGGGCUGGGACUGUCUCUUUGUGUUUAUAUGGGGCCUGGCACAGUAGGGCUCAGAUCUAUGGCUGGAGCCCACUGGUGCUACCAUAAUAUAAAUAACAGAACCAUGGGAUGUUAAGAGAAGACUUAUACCUGAUCAUGGAUAAAUCUGAAAUGUCUCCACAUUGAAAAAACAUUGUCAAAUUACUGUUUCAAACAGCACAGCAUCUCACAAUGAUUGCCCUGCCAAUAAUAGGUGUUUUGAAGCUAUCAAUUCACAGGUAGGUAAUAAACCAAAGAAAUUUUCCCAUAAACUGAAGUUAUUUAUGAAGAUAAUGAUGGAGUGAAGUCACUGCCGCCAAAAGAUACUAAAGCAAGAGAAAGUGUUCCAGAGUGCUGGUUGUUUGAACUGAGGCAGCUGCUUUAUUUAUUUACUUUCAGAUGCAAAAUGAUCUGGAGAUCGCCACUUGUAGAUGAAAGGAUAGAAUGGGCUGUAAUUAAUUGUUUUGGGGGGAUGACAGUAGUUCUCUGCACAGUUGUUUCUGGAGAAUUUGGUGUACAGCAGGGAUAUUAGAAACUAAGCUCCUAAGACUGCGUAUAUUAAUUUUAAAUCUUUUGAAGAACAUAUUCCAUUAUGUUACUCUAAGAGCUGUUUAGAUGAGUAAUUUAUUAAUGUUACUUUCCUCGAUAGCUGCAAGUUUAACACUAUGUAUUUCAACUUCUUGAUAAAUAUAUGCUUUUAUUUAAAACUA